UGGAGAGCGGGCGCGAAGGAGGCGUGUAGGGCGCCCCGCGGGGCCGCUCUAGCCAGCUGCGGCGGGUGGACUCUGUUUCCUCCGCGCCCGGCCGGCAUGGGCGGAGCGGGCGCCUGCUUCCUGUUUCCGCUCGGCAGGCCGGCGCCCUCCAGGGCAGCGGGACCUCGGCGCCACCCUUCUGUCGCUCGAGGCGCCCGGAGGGUGCCCGAGGCGGCGCUGGGCCCCCCCGCCGCAGGGUUUUCCCAACAGAAAAACAGAAAAAAUGUUGGAUAUCAAGGCUUGGGCUGAAUACAUCGUGGAGUGGGCUGCAAAGGACCCAUAUGGCUUUCUUACUACAGUGAUCUUGGCCCUUACGCCAUUGUUUGUAAUUAGUGCAGCACUUUCGUGGAAGCUUGCAAAAAUGAUUGAGGCCAGAGAGCGAGAGCAAAAGAAGAAACAGAAACGCCAAGAGAAUAUUGCAAAAGCCAAACGAACAAAGAAGGAUUAAAUGGGGAAAAAAAGGCCUUCCUUGAGCAAAGAACACACUUUUUAAAUGAAACACUUGUACAUUGUGUUGUAACUGUCCUUUGAUACUUGAUCCUGUUAUUUCUUAAGUAUGAAAUUGAAUCUCUUCAAUGUAUUUUUUCUGCUGAAAUGAUUUGUGUUGAAGCUUGCCCAAGUGACACUUGUUAGUCAUGUAAUCUACUACUUGUGUUGUAGUGCAGGUUGCUUUUCUAAAUUUGUAUGUUAAAUUAAAAAAUUAAUCUGUUGGGUGGCUCUGGAGGUAGAUUUCUUUUUUUCCUUAUCUGAGCUAUGACUUAACAAGUUUGCUAAAAUUGUCAAAAUUAUGGGGAAAAUGUGAAUGGUGCACUGGAUUACAGAAAGGCAAGUUUUGGUAUACGUUCUGCAGAGCUGUAGAGAUGAGCUAGCUUCAGCGUUAGGUAGCAUACCUUACUCAUUUCCUUUAAGGACACUGCAUAUGGCCCUGCCCUUCAUUCAGCUGUGUGCCCAUAGGGGCUGCUGUAGUGUUUCUGAUGGUGGGGCUUGUCUGCAAAAAGGACCUAAUGUAGCUUUUCCUGUUUCCUGAACUACCAGCUGUCAACAGUCUUUAAAUUCAGCCCAACCUCUAGGAAACCGAUUGCUUGUUCUUAUGACCUUCAUUUGUCUUAGGCCACUCGUGCUCUACAAAAUAUACUACUAUGUUUGGUUUUCCCUAAUGAUCACCUGAAUGUUCCACCUGUAAUUAAUUUGUUUCUGCCUUCAGAAACUUUAUGCCUCAAAAGAUCCCCAUAAAGAGGGUGAGACCAAAGGCCCAGGUGGCCUAGUGUGGUGUCCUAGUAACCUAUAGCAGGUGGCUGUGGGAGAGCACAGGAGGAGGAUGCGCGUGCUGGCGACAGUAGUUCUUCCUAGUUGCUAACCUUCUGGGUGGCUUUGGUUUAGCACCUUCUGAGUUUAGGUGGGAUCUUUGUUCUCAUGGCCCUUGAAACUGCUGCCUUCCAGGUUGCAAAAUGCUGGAAAAAGUCCAAGUGGGGUUUGCGUUGUAAAUACACCAAAAUUAUUUAACCUUAAUUCCAGUUUAUGUUUUUCUAACAGAAGUGAUUAAUUUUUCAAAGCCUAAUUUUUAUUAAUGGUCUAGUUCUAAAGAGCUUGUGGCAGUCAUUAGGUUUUUAGACUUAGCAUAUUUCUAAACAGCAGCAGAGAGUUGUGCUUUCUAGCAACUAGUCCUUUAUUAUAUUUAAAAAUAAAACCUUAAAAUGAGACCAUUGUUCAAAUGAGGACACCUGUAGAGCUGGCUGACACCAACGGGGAUUAGAAGCGGGGAGUCCGGCUGAAAUGACUUAAAGUAAAUGUGAAGUACUGUUGAUCCCCUUUCGAUUUUGUUGGUCAAAGCAAGCAUCAUUAUGACAUUUUGGCAUUUUAGAAAUACAUGAGAUUAAGUCUCCAUGUUCUGUAUCAAGUGUUGUCAAAUGUGUAUGUGUUCCAUCUUUGAUACCUAUGUAGCUUAAAACAUUGGAGGGGAACUGACGAAGGAUGCACUGCAUAAAUAAAUUUGAUAUUUUUUUCAAAAAA